UCGCCGAUCGCUGUGCUCUGCUCAGCUAACGCGAUACAUGGAUAAGACACAGAUCAAACGUUUGGAGGAGACACCGGAGCUUAGCAAACAGGAAUCAGGAUGGUCUAUACCGCGGCUCUGCUCUUUGGACACCGAGUCCCCGUCUUGUCGGAGGAAGAAAGCGUCGUAGAGAUGAUAGGAAAGUACUUCUUCCAGCUCAGAUCCCCGGGCAGAAAGACCGGCUCUGCCCGGCGGGGGAGCGUCGAAAGCUGCGACGAGAGGGAGAACAGCUCGCCUUUCUCUAACUUGGAUGCUGAUUUGGAGCAUGAAGAGCGGCUCCUUCAGCAGGAUGUGACCCGGCAGAUAGAGCGCUGUCUGACAGAGGCCAAGGCCUCCACCCUCCACUGCCAGGUGCUGCUGCUGCCCCACCACAUGACCGCCAGGGUCGGCCAGGACGUGGUGAACACCUCCGCCAACGAGCCCUGUGGGCUCCGCGGCGCCUCCAUCAAGGUGUACGUGGAGUGCAAAGAGGGCCUGAGGUCUGCGGGGAGCAUCUUCCCAGACCCGACCGUCACUCCCACGUUUGAACUGUCUGUGAUCUUCAAGGCAGACAAGGAUGACGGCUGGCCGCGGCUCAAGCACAUCUUUGAUACCAACAAAGUGAUGAAGCUGAGACCAGAGUACCGGCUGGUGAAGAGGAAGCUGUACUCCUCUGCCAGUCCUGUCAUACAUGAUUACAACUAGGGGUGAAGUUAAGAAUGUAAAACCCCUGUUGCACUCUCUACCAAUUUGUGUGUGUGUGUUUGAAUGUGAUCCCUCAUUGUUUUUUAAUGUAAGGCCUCAUGCACAAAGCCUGGCCUGUCACACACUGAGGUUUUGUUGUAUUUCAGUAGAUUAUCCUGUUUGAUGUAUGAAUGUCUAACUGCAGAGCAGGAGGUAAAACUGCUGGGUUUUUUUUCCUGCUCUCUGAGAAGAUGACUACAGUAUUUUGCACAGAACUGUUGAAUGUUUAAAUUUUAUGCUGUAAACAGUAAAGCUUCCACCCAGGACUGGGCGGGUCUCACUCCUGAAGUGUGCUUCACUUUUGUUACUUUUGUUAUUUAUGUGACUGUAAAAUAAAAGUUGUUGCACUA